AGGGGUACUGAAUACCAGCCCUGAAGCAGGGGCCUGGGAAGCUUCUUGGUGUCACUCUCUCACCGGGUCAAGGCUUGGAAAGGCAGCUCUGCGUGCCCCGGUCCCUGGCUGGCUGGGAGCAGGCCUCCCCUGUGCCUGCAGGGACGUCUGCACAGCCGUGCGUUUCCUCAUACCUGAGCCGUCCACAGCCGCACGCACCACUCCCGGCCGGGCUCAUUACUUAAGACCAGCACACUGGAGGAGCUGGCUGUGAGUCACGGCACCGGCACUGGCAGGGCAGAGGCAGCGCCGCUCACCCGGCUCCCCGCGCACGUGGGAAGGGACCCCUCCCCUCGCCAUGGCGUCCCUGGGGCAGAUCAUCUUCUGGAGCAUUAUUAGCGUCAUCAUUAUUUUGGCUGGAGCAAUUGUACUCAUCAUCGGUUUUGGCAUUUCAGGGACACACUCCAUCACAGUGACGACUUUCACCUCAACCGGGAACAUCGGGGAGGAUGGAAUCCUGAGCUGCACUUUUGAACCUGACAUCAAACUUUCUGAUAUCGUGAUACAGUGGCUAAAGGAAGGUGUUAUGGGCUUGGUCCACGAGUUCAAAGACGGCAAGGAUGACCUGUCGGAGCAGAACAAAGUGUUCAGAGGCCGGACGGCAGUGUUUGCUGAUCAAGUGAGAGUGGGCAAUGCCUCUCUGAGGCUGAAAAAUGUGCAACUCACAGAUGCUGGCACCUAUAAAUGUUACAUCAUCACUUCUAAAGGCAAGGGGAACGCUAACCUUGAGUACAAAACUGGAGCCUUCAGCAUCCCAGAGAUCAACGUGGACUAUAAUGCCAGCUCUGAGAGCUUUCGGUGUGAGGCUCCCCGGUGGUUCCCGCAGCCCACUGUGGUCUGGACAUCCCAGGUUGACCCAAGAACCAACUUCUCGGGAGUCUCCAACACUAGCUUCGAGCUGAACUCCGAGAACGUGACCAUGAAGGUUGUAUCUGUUCUCUACAACGUCACAGUCAACCACACAUACUCCUGUAUGAUCGAGAACAGCAUUGCCAAAGCCACAGGGGAUAUUAAGGUGACAGACUCUGAGAUUAAAAGGCGGAGUCACCUAGAGCUGCUGGACUCAAAGGCUUCCCUGGGUGUCUCUUCUUCCUUUGCUGUCAGCUGGGCACUCCUGUCUCUCUCCUUGUACCUAAAAUAACGUGCCUUGGCCCCACAGGGACACGCGAUGGCACUGGCGCCACAGAAUCCCAGGACCCUGCACAACUAUUUCACCACAAGAUAUGACCUAGUUUGAUAUUUCUUGGGGGAAAUGAAUUCAUGUCUAAAAGGCUGGAGUGAACAUAAAAGAUCAAGAAGCAAGAAGAAGCCAAAAGCAAACCACAGAAGACUCAAUAUGAGCAAGAUAAAUCUAUCCUCAAAGACACAUAUUAAAAAUGGGGAAAACAGUUCAUCUGAACUGGAGAAGUGUGUGUGUUAAGACUUCUGAGUAUUAAUAAAGUGCACGUGGAGACAAGUGUUCCCCCGCCCACCCACCCAUAUCUCAGGGACCGCCCCUUACCCAUCCCCCUGCGGGGAGUGAGAGGGCGGGAGAGUGCAGCCCCUCGCCUCGGACUCUGUAGCUAUCCUGCUGUGCCGUUGCUCUGAGGAAGUUCCCGGAAAGUCUCUGUUGCAAUAUACCCACAUCUAAACUUCUGUGGAAACAGGAAGCAGCUGGGAAUGAGCUGCCCCUUCACAGUUCAGAGGUGGCUGCACCUCAGCCACGGGUCCAGUGACUCACUUUUCAUCAUGCUGUUUCCAAGUGUCUCGGCAUCUCCUCCACCUAACAAAUACUAAAGAAAUGUGGGAUAUGAUUGUCAUUUUAACAUAAAAAAAUGUAGUGGGGUGGCACAUUUCCUAAAUUAUCUGAGUACCUUCUUUUUAAAAACAAAGGCCAUUUAUUUGUCAGAAGACGUUUAUCCUUGAGUGGUCUCAGAAAGGCCCCUCCUCCUGACUGCAUGUGGCAUUUGUCAAGUCGUCAUGAGGGCUGAGGCCUCUCCUCUCUAGCCCUCAGGGACUGUGAUGGCCUUAGCUUUCGACAGCGUCUGGAGCUGGGAGACUCACUCAGCGAGGGCAACUCUGCAAACCCGCAGGGAUGUUUAGAAGUAUUUGAAGGCAACUUUAGUUGCCCUAGUUUGUAGGGGAAGGGUGCUACUGGCAUUUAGGGAAUAGAACCCAGGGACACAGCUCAACACCCCACAAUGGACAGGACGUCCACCCACAACAAAGAACUAUCCAGCCCAACACGUGAGCCAUGCUGAGGCCAGGAGACCCUGAGGCAGACUAGAAAGGAGCUUUAACACACGCCUUAGCCUCCGUCUCUUCGGCUGCUGUCUCAGCCCUGAGAGACAGAACUCAGUGUGGGGCAACCGGGAGUUUCUGACGGGGUUAUCUGCAGUGGCUGCACUUCUGAGUUCCCUUCCCUUAAGUUUUCUCUGCAAAUAGGGUUACGUGAGAGAGCUGCUUGGGUUCCACCUCAAGUCCUCUCACUCUGAAGUUAGACCUCAGAACCUCGCCUAGUCAAAAUUCAAAUUAAGGCGAUACCUUCCUUGAAGCACACAGGGGAACCUGAAGGCAGGGACAAUAAACCUUCGGAACGAGGCCCUGAGGAACGCAGCUGUGAUAGGAAAGAGUGUUUUCCUUCCAGCCCCCUCCCACACCUUUCACGUGUUGACCACUGCUUCCCUGGCACUCUGGACCCACCACGACUGUAUUACAUUUUGAUAUAGAAAACUUGAUUUUAUAGUUCUGAUUACUCAAGAGAAUGAUUAAAUGCACAUUUCCUA